UCUUGCUCGUACAUUCACAACCAAAGGCCAUCGACCGCCUGCCACUGUCCCAGACCCUUCGCUUCACAUCUCUCUCGCCAUGUCUGCUGCCUCUACUCCGAACGACUCUCCCAUCUCCGCCCCCAUUCGUCCUCUCCACAAUCCUGACCUCGCUGCUACCGUGGUCGUUCCCAAAGCGCCGUUGGGCAAUGUUGCGAACCAGCCGGCAGGCAUGGGGGCAAAAGCUCUCCUUGCAAAGAAGAUGGCCAAGACCAACAACCCUGCCUUCGUCUCGCCCACAGACAACCUCAUGACACCGUGCACUCAGAAGCUCACCGCUGCGAAGAGGAAACACUUCACCAAAGGGGGGAAGCCACUGCAGCUCUUCGCUCCGAAGGAAGCACACAUCGAAGACAGUGAAGACGAGUCCGACUCGGCACCUGAGAAUCACGUUGCCGAAGUCCACCCACAAGUCGCCAUGGACGUCGACGAAGAGAACCCCUUCUAGACCAUUGCUAUCGAUCCGCCUCACGCCCACUUACGAUAUUUCCCGCUGUACUUGUCUGUCUUAUGCUGUGGUGGUUUGAUAUAAGCGCCAAUGUACCACCACUUUGAUCUACGGUCUGUGACCCUUGACUUACUCCGUGCAAAAUGUACACUGUUUUUCUUGC